GGUGUUGAACUUUGACCUCCACACUGUUGAUGAUGAUGAUGAUGGUGAUAAUGGUGGUGGUGGUGGUGAGUGGCACCGGGUGGACACUUGGCGUGCUCGCUGUGAAUUCCUCUCCACAUUUGGAAUGCUGACCGAACCGGUUAAAAUAGGAUGUCAACAAGUGACGCAGGAGAGUCGGAGCUCAGAGUUGUUGUAGGAGGAGAGACAGCUACGCCUCAGUACGGGACAGCACGAGCAGCACGGUGUACAGCCGCAAGAGAACUUCAAAAUGAAACAGUCAGUGAAAACUUCAGGAACCAUUGUGAUGGAACCACAAGUGGACAGCAGUGUCACCCAUCAGCCGUCAGACAAGAAGAAGAAACUCACAAAGCACUAACACGGGAAGAAGCUGCACGUUGUGGUGAUUCACAGGUCCAGACCCAGAAGCCAGCUGGACCCAGAUUCACCUCCUGCCUCUCCGUCAGAUUCUCCAGGAGGCUAGACCCUGACAACCCAGAGCUAGGAAUCAAGAAGAAUUUAGACCCCUGUCUAUACAGUUUAACUGAAACACAGAGGGCUGAGACUGAGAUCAGCAGCUGUCAGGUUAAUGGACAAAGAUCACCAACAGACAUCUCUAUAGAGGUAGUCGGUGACUCUACAUUAUAUGAAAGGAUCCCAGCCAAGAAGAAAGAAGAGAUUAUCACAGCUGUUUGCAAUGAACUGGGGAUUUCCCAGGACUUGAGUAUAACUCACUGCUUCUCAAAUGGGGAAGUUCGACCAUAUGAGUGUAAUGGCUUGCCCACACUUGAUUGUGGGUCACAACCAAGGACUUGCACUAGAUCAGUUGGGUUAGAGGAAGAUAUAAAAGAACAUACAAAGCUUGAGAAACAAACUGAUCCUGUGGAACUAUCUAAUCCGCCUAGAACCAUGCUGUCUUCCACUGUGGUGACAGUUCUUGCCCCUCAUUUGAGUGGCCGACUAAGAAGGACCAAAAGGUUUGACGGAACUAGCAGUUUAGAAGCCCAGGGGAAUUUACAAGAUGUGACCAACACUAUGGAAAACCGUACACAGGAACGCUUUCAGGGGACUAUGGACCGGCUGUUGACAGAAAGAUCAUCAUCCCAAUCAAGGUUGCCAUUUCCAGGUAUCAGGAGCAAUACAGUGGGCUGGUCAACUAAUAGUGGUCCUGCAAGUUUGGACUAUGAACCCAAGAGGAGAAUGAUUCAGACUGUCUCUUUGGAUGUAAACACUGGAAGGAUGGGGAGUAGGAAUAGAGAUGCAGGUGCUUUAAACCCUGUAGCCACAAACGAAUCCCCUGUGUCUCCCUUCUCCCCUGUCUCAAAUGAACAAAGGAGGAAUCCACAAACAGGUCAUCAAGGUGAACUGUCAUCCCUAAAUUCAAAACCAACAACCAGCAGUCUACUUCUGUCUUUGAGAAGAGUUAACUCCAAUGGCAAGAACUCUAAUGCAGCCUCCACACUUUCUCAGAUAAACCCCUCGCCUCUGAGCAGUUCGCCAACUGAUCGAGAUGGAAAAGUAUUCACAUCAUACCUUUCUCAAAGCGUUAACAACAAUAACGUACAGGAGAGGUCAAAGUCCCUCCUCUCCCCAUCGUCUUAUUCUUAUAAGACUACUGAAACUGGGUCCACCCUCUCCCCAUCAUCAUCCAAUCGAAGAAGGACCACAUUAGAAUCACGGUUCUUUCCAGCAUCACCUACAAACAAAGAUGCACAAGAUGCACCAUUUACCCACCAACCUCAAACAACAUAUAGGAUCCAGUCCAGUCUUUCAUGUUCCAAACAGGCAUUUCUAAGUGGUGGACCAUCAGAGAUGCAACAAAGUUGCAGGGGCUCAGACAUAAGUAAAGAUUUAUUCGCAGAGAGCUCAGUCUCCUCAACCAAACAUACCACACAUGACCUCCCUCCCCUCCAAAAAACACACUCUCUCCCUAGAAGGACCACCCUGACAUCCACUUCCUGGUGGAAACAAGUUACCCAGGAAUCUGGUUCCCCCCUAAAGCUCAAUGAAGCAACUUACAUCAAAGACAAGCCAAACACGCCUGUUGUUUCACCCUGUAGUGAUAAAUAUGACUUGACUUCUCCAAGUCCAGUUGACAACAAAAUAUUUAGCAGUUCAAUUCCCAAUAACAGAGACAACAACAACACAACAGAGUCAGUUUACAAAGGUAACAUGAACCUUUGUACGAAGACACAGGGCGGAACUCACAACCUCAAACAAAGAAAUGCUGAGGACUCACGUGACCAUGAAUCAGACAGGCUUGUCAAACAGCAUCAUGGCUCCAAUUUAAAUAUCAGGGAACCACAAAAGCCUCACAGUUUGCCUGAUGUUCUGUCCGAUUCUAAAAUUAACAGAGCUACAGCACAAACAAUACUGAGUCACACAGAAGAUCUCACCAAGCAUGACGCAAGUAAUAGUGCAUUAACAGCGAAUGUAACUGAAUUACCACCUACUUUACUAAAUCCCCAAAGCCCAGAAACACCCACUGAGAGCAGCAGCAAAUACAAAAACAAUCAUUGUACAUCCAAUACCAACACCACCCCCGCAUCUCCUCACACCAGGAACCCUCAAAGGUUUACCAAACCAUCUCUUUCUCUUGCUGACACCACUCUCACUAGUCAAGCUCUUACCUCUAAAACUGCUUCUGGUCUCCCCCUAACUGGAAACACUAAAACUAGCUCAUCCUUUUACUCUAAUCCAGUUGUUUCACAGAGCAAUAUUCAUGCUUUGUCAUACACCGGCUCUUCUUCCCAAACACCCAAAUUCACCAAAUCAGGUAAUGUCACACCUCUUGGCUUUGAAAGAACCUAUGCAUCAGUUCCAAAGCCUUUUCAUCCUAAAACUGUGCCCAGCCUGAUUCCCACAAUCAGUGAUUUGUCUAAAACAAACUACGGUCCUGUACAGUCUACUGCUUCCACCAUCUACUCAUCUACACCUGGCAGCCAUCCUGCAGCCACUACUGUCCCCAGCCAAUCCCUUCUUACUCCUCCUCUCACUCCUGCCCUCUCAUCUUCUCCCACCACGUCUCUCUUAACCCCCCCAUCCACUCCAAUCAUUACCAGCCCCAACUACUCAGACAGAUCCAACCAUACGGAAGGGAGGACAUUUUCAAGCAGCCAAGAGGGAGGCACAAAGAAACUGCGCCCCAAUGGGGAGGCAAAGAGGGUGAGACGAGUGACUUGGGAGGACUCGGUGGAUCUGCAGCAUUCAGAGCCCAUCAAAGUUGAGAGGCCAGAGUCAUCUUAUGUCCCAACAAGCUCCCCAUCUCCUUCCGGGUCCUCACAAAGCAUGAGAGCACCAUCCAUCUUUUCCUUUCUAAGAUCAAACAGUACAACCACAGGCACAUCUCCUCUUUGCUCUACUACUCCUAAGACCUCCAGCAUACAGGGGGUGAAAGGAGGGCAGUAUCGAUCCUUAUCAUCUGACUCUGCUGAUUUAGUAUCCAGAGAGCGUGAGAGAUCUAAGCAAAGACCUAGUGACUUUAUGAUCUCUGACCGUGGAGGAAGGGACACACGCAGACAGGAGAGGAUGCCAUCCGUGGAGUCUGGCACCGUUCAGUGCCGUGCCUCUGCUCCUUUCUCCCUCCCUCCAGACUUUUCAAGUGGUUAUAAGCUUCGAUAUAGCUCCCCACCUUAUUCCACCCUCAUGUCUUCCAGGUCAUCACAGGGAGAAACUAAGACGGUAACCCCCAGAUCACCCCUCUUCCAACAACGCUCACCGUUGAAUUGUACCCCACAUCUUUCCACACAUACUGACUCUGUUGCGGUCAACACCUUACUUAUGUCCAAACCCCCUCUGUCACCCAUCAAUCUGCCAAGGCCCCUAUCGUUGCCAUCCCAAACCAAAACUGCCACCAGAGAAAGCUUAAAGUGCGGCGUUUCAGAAACUGAUCAACUCAACAAUAAUCUGUGCAGCAACAGCCAAGAUCACCACAAUGACCAGAUAUUACUUGUCAACAACAGAGUUAAUAUCAGCUCACAGUCUCUGCCAGGUGAUAGGGCGUGUGUUACUGAGACCCUGGUUUACAGGCUGAAAUCUAAAUCUAAAGUAGAUACAGCUACAGCUGCCCCAAAGGACACCACACCUUUGCAACAUAUUGCAAACACACCAAUUUCUAUGGAGACAAAUUUAAGCCAGCAGUCACACAGGGUGCAGAGUAAAGAAGUAGCAGGUAAACCACAUAGUCCUUCAGGAUCCAGUGGAAGCAGCUCAACAGGGAGUCAGACCCCUGAUGGUGAAUGCUCCAACAGAAGAAUGAAGGAGAAUGUACUCGGUAAAAGCAGAUUUUUUUCAAUGGAGAGCAACAAUGAACAAAGCCCGAAGAGAAGCCGAUUUGUACUGAAGAAAAGUGUCAGCACACCAAACACCAAUCUAUCAAGAUCAGAGUCAGACAGGGCCAGUAAGACUAAUAACAAAAUGGACCAGGUCCUUAACAAACUGAGACAAACAUUCAGCACUAGGCGGACUGAUGAUGACUUGUCGUUCCCAUGGAAGUGGAAGCGAGCCUCUCAGACACCUUCUGUAAGCGGAUCGAGUGACAUCAGCAAUGUCAGUGAUGCCACUGAUGACAAUUCCAAAACUCCAGAGAAGCGAGAGCAGGAGAAAGGGGUGGUGCUGAAGGACAGUGAAAAGAUAACUGAUGUUACAAAUAGUUGGGCACAAAACAGAUACACUCUCACAUCGCCCUCUGCUUCCGGGAGCACAAUGACUGGAGAUAAGUUUUACAUUUGGUCAGAGAGAUCAACUACAGAAACUGACCAAGACGAGCAACAUACCUGUGCAGAUCACAAGUCUGAAAGUAAAAUCAAACCUCAUUUGACAAUCCACAGCCCAACAACUGACCAGUUUGACUUUUUCAAAGACAAGAGGACAGAUUAUCAACCAGCAAACCAGUUCCUGUCUUGUAGAGACCCCAGUCCUGGAAGGAGCUCUAAUCUCUCUUCUGCUUGUGCUACUCAGUCGGGGAAGUCUGCAUCCAGCCCCAGGAGCCCCUUCUCACCCUUCUCCUCUCUUUCCCCUGUCUCAUUUCCUUCACCUGAUAAUACAGAUGACAGUGUCUUCUACAGUCCAAAGCUACAGCGUCGCAGAGAGACCUCCUCACCAUGUGAGCCAGCAGAGGGGAUAAGCCUGGGGGGUUCAAGAAGAAGCCGGGCGUCCACUGGUCCUCCAAGUCAAAGUCUAGGACAUGACAAGGAACGCUUGGCAUCCUCCUAUGCAGACUUAAAGUACGGUAUUGAGCCUGGGAGGUCAUUUUCUGUGAGUUCGGUUUCGUCAAGUCGACCAUCAGGGCCUGGUCGCAUCUCCACUGGAUCCAGGUUCAUGAGUGUGGGUGACCUCUCUCAGUCUGGCUUGACUUGUGGAGGCACGAGCACGGAUCUAGAUCACUGGUCUGUUACUUCUGAUUGGGCCACACAAUAUGAUUGCCAGCCCAGUAAGGACGGUCGAAUUUCAUAUUUCCCCAGUGACCCUGGUAAAAUGAGAUCGAGAUCUCUUCCUCGAUCGCUGACGAGGUGCUUGUCAAAUUGGAGCUCUGGGGUCUCUGCUUCUCCACCUGUAAAUACCACAACCUCAAAGCCAGCACGCCUUUGGAGCCCAAACAUGAACAUUUGUCACUUUGCAUGGGAUACAGAAGGCCCCCCGACCCCUCCUCCAACACCUCCUCUGUCACCAUCAUCCAGGCGAAUGUCCCAACCUCCCAGCCUGUCCUCCCCUACCUAUCUAGGCUCAUCAGGAGCACAACAGUCAGCGGACAGCCAGUCCUCUAGAGGACGUUUGCCCUCCAGAGGUUAUGUAUCCAGCCUUAGCACUUUUGAGGAGUCUUCAGACAGUGGCUCAGACACAACAACAGAUGAUGAAUAUUACUUAGAAACAGCUGAAGGAGAAGAAAAAGAGACAGAAUUGUGAAAUCAGAAUAAUUUCUUGAAAUCCUCCAUUAUCCACAAAGAGGAGAGGGACGUGAGAACUAAACACCUACAAGAAGACAGAUGGGCUUACAUGUAAUGUAAAGUGACCUCUUCCUGGCUCUUAUACUUUUUGUUUUUUAUGUUUACUCUCUCAUUGCCACAGUGCGGACAUGAGGACAAGGACAUUGUGUUACCUGCAUGAUUUGCUUUUCUAAAGUGGUGGUUGCUUUCCUGUCAAAAAAGACACCAAAUGAGCAAGCAUGAUAUUAUCGGGAUAGGUUUAAAGAUGUGUGUAUGUACAGUGAAGUAAAUAUGAUUUCUAAUCUAAGGAUGUUAAAUAUUGUUUGAGACUUGUUUAACUUUUACAGUUCGAACAGUUGCAUGGCACAAUUGUAGAAAUGUACAUCUGCUUAGUGGUUUUAAUCAUCCAGCUACUGUGUAAGGUGAGUUUUGACAUAAGGCUUAUCUUUAGGUUUCCAUUUCAUCCUGCUUCUUAGUAAGUGCCGAGGUAAUGUGGAUUAAUGUGGUAUCAUAUAUUUCAUCUGUUUUUCUUCUGUUGUUUGAAGAUUGAAAUUAAUCAUGGUAAAUGUUUUAAGUAUAGAGCAGAUCAAAUCUAUUUUCUUUGACACAUAUUUUUAAACGGGCAGAGUGUAAAAAGUUUUGUUGAAGAGGUUUUUUUAAAUUCUGCGAUUAAAUAUGAUCACACUAUAUGUCAAGAAAUAACAUUUGUUAUCAGAUAUUAUAAGAGUACUUUAUACAGUGCUUGCCCUUAUUUGCACACUGACAAAUUUCAAAGUCUUAAUAUAUGUUUUAUAAAUAAAUGUAAUAUUUCCAACAGGAAGUCCUGUUUUUGGAUUUAUGUUUGUGUUAAAUUUGUGUUUUUACUUUAUAAGUUGGAGACUCUCUUCCUGCUGCUCAAUGACCAGCUUUAACCAGCUUGAAUUCUCACCAUUUUCCCAUCCCGCAUGCCAAAAUAAGUGAAAAGGUACAUGGAGUAUUGGCAUGACAAACAUCAGAUUCAGUGCCCAGGGCUACAUUCAAGUCUGCGGGGCAUGCUAUUAAUCACAAUGCUGUGCUGGGUGCUAUAUACUUUAAAUGGUGUCUGCCAUGGGUGGGGCAGUUUUAACAGUUUCACAUUAUUCAGAUGGGCGUUCCCCUUUGUUCUUGGCUGUGGCAGCACAUAAACUGUUAUGGUGAUGGCUAGAUAAAACGUCCAUUAGACUGGGUGGAUUGAGUUGUUAUGUUAUUGCAUGUGUGUGUACUUCGUGUCAUUACUUUCUCUUCUUGGUAUGAUUUUCACCGGAGAGACAGUCACACUGACACAGUACAAUCUGCUUCGUAUUAUUAGCCAUGGCAUCAUCAGGGAAAGGCAUGGCUGUUCACAUCAUGUGUCACAGCCUUCGGAGCAGUGAUUUUGGAUCUGUUUUUCCAUCUUAUGUCAUCAUAACAACAGCACAGCUCUGGUGACAUGGCAACGGUGCAACACCUCUCCAGCCAGUGGCCUCACCCAGAGCCCUAGUUUCUCUUGGUAAAGACUUGGAAAAGGCACAAAGCUGAGUCUAUGGGGGGCAGAGAAAGGAGACUGACAGGAUGUAGCUUGUAUUUUGUCCUGGACUGGACCACAGGCAGCAAUAUUUCAGGCUCAACAUAGGCUGUUUGUUUGGUCUUGGAAUGUACUUGGAUUGUAUAAGCCUAUAAAUAAACUUGCAUUCAGUAAUUAA